AUGCUACUCGCCUCCAGCAAGCCAAACUUUAAGGGUGGAUCAAUCAAGAAAGGUGGUCCAAGAGAGCCAUGGCAUGAUAUUCAUUCACGGCUGGAAGGGCCAAUUGCUUGGAAUGUUCUUUACAACUUUGAGCAGCGAUGGAGGAAGCUGGGUGGCAAGGACCUCCUUGUAUGUCUCAGGGAUCUUUUUGACAUUGUUAUUCCCCCCUCUCCUGUGAUGUUCCCGGAGGACAGAGAAACAUGGAAUGUUCAGCUCUUCAGAUCCAUUGAUAGUGGUGCUGCUUUUGGUUUCCCUGAGACUCCUGAGGAAGCUGCAAGAGCUGGACUUGUGAGUGGAAAGGAUCAAAUCAUCGACCGGAGUAUCCAGGAUGCAUACAUAAAUGCCAUCUGGAGGGCGAAGAACUUCAUCUACAUUGAGAAUCAGUACUUCAUUGUAAGUUCAUAUGGAUGGAAGCCCCAAGGCAUCAAGCCGGAAGAAAUUGGUGCUCUUCACUUGAUUCCGAAGGAGCUCUCAUUGAAGAUUGUCAGGAAGAUUGAAGCUGGGGAAUGA